CCAAAGCAGAAGACAACAGAGCUCCAGGAGCCCAAGACAGAGCCAGAGACCCCAGGGAUCCCUGACUCAGGUGCUGUCCUUCAUCCCAGGCUCCUGUUGAGUCACUUCUUCACGUUAAAAAUGUCUCUUUUGGAGGCGAACACAGGUGUGAAAAUGGAUUCUGAAGGUUGGGAAAGAGAUGAACCUCAGUGCCACUCAGAAGAGACCUUUUUUGUAUUAGCCUCCCAUGUUCAGUCAGCUAGUGAGGAAAGAGUAAGCCCGAUUCUCUUGGCCAUCUCUAAAGGUGAGCUGUAUCUCUGCUGUGACAUGAACAAAGGACAAAGCCAGCCAUCCCUGCAGCUGAAGAAGCUGAAACUUUCCAACAUGGUUACCCAGAAGGAACCAGCAUGUCUGCCCUUCAUCUUUUAUAAGGCUGAGGUGGACUCCCGGAACCCCUUGGAGUCAGCUGCCCACCUUGGAGGGUUUGUCUGCCCCUCCUGCAAUCCAGGGUAACCGAUUGGAAUGGCAAAUUCUCGUGGGAGAAGGAAACACACUGAGUUUUCAUUUCGGCAAGUCUGCAAAUCUAUAAUGACCCCCAGUGAAGUCAGCGAAUAA